AAAAAACAUUUUUUUUCGGAGUGGACCAACCAACCAACCUUAUUCCAAAUCCAGACCAAGAAGAAGAAAGAUCACUUCAAUGCAAAGCAAUGCGAUUUUACUGAUCUCCCCCAGCUCCGCGACGACCGCCUUCCACGGCGUCCCUCCGCCGUCUUUCCACGCUCUCCAUCGCCUCUCGCCUCCCCUGCUGAACCGCUGCCGCGUUCGCCCUCGAAACCCUCCUCGCCGGGGCUCGAACCCGCGAAGAAUCAGGCCGACCCAUCGACCAUUUCCGAGGUGAAAAAUCGAAACUCUCGCCGGAUUCGGAGAUGGCGAAGGCGGGGCUAUUCGACCUCGAGAGGCACUUCGCCUUCUACGGCGCGUAUCACGGCAACCCGGUCAACGUGGCCAUCCACAUGGUGUUCGUGUGGCCCAUCCUCUUCACCGCCCUGCUCCUCCUCUGCUUCACCCCUCCUCUCUUCGGCCUCCCUCGGGUCGAGCUAUCCCUGUUCGGGCACGGCCUGGCCUUGGCCUUGAACGUCGGGUGCGUGCUGACUUUGGUCUACUCCGCGUUCUACGUGUUCCUCGAUCCGAGGGCCGGGUCUUUGGCCGCUCUGCUCUGCCUGGUUUGUUGGGUCGCCGCCAGUUUCGUCGCCAGCAGGCUCGGGUUCUCUCUCGCUUGGAAGGUUGUUCUCGUGGCUCAGAUAGUGUGUUGGACUGGGCAGUUCAUUGGCCACGGGGUCUUUGAGAAAAGAGCCCCAGCUCUUCUGGACAACCUCGCUCAAGCCUUCUUGAUGGCUCCCUUCUUUGUGUUGCUGGAGGCCCUUCAGACGUCUUUUGGAUACGAGCCAUACCCUGGAUUUCGUGCGACAGUGGAAGCAAAAAUCGAUGCCGAAGUUAGUGAUUGGAAAGACAAGCAAGAGAAACUGCUUACUUGAAGUCUGUUCUAAGGUUUCGGUGCCCCAUCUAGCCCCCCCCCCCCCCCUACGACGCCUCCAUAUUCUGUGAAAUAUAAGCUUGGACUAGCUCAAGUCAUACCUCUGCGCAUAGACCUAUACCUAACAUUCACACCGCUAUGCCGAGAUAUAUAUAAAAGCAAUGAAAAGUCUUGUUUGUUUUGUUCA